AAAACACGACGUCGGGGGUCCGGGGCCGUCGAUGCCCCGUCGCACGGGCAGCGGCGCGCGGGUCGCUCCAGGUGCAGUCGAUCGCCCCGCACCACGCCGCGCCCGCGUUCUCGAAGUCCAAGUCCGUGCAGUGGGACAGCCGCCAGGACCCCUGGUCGGGGCCAGCCCAAAGGGGGGCGUCCAUGCUCGUCGCCGACGACGCGUCGCUGCAGUCCACGGCCGACGGCGGGUCCACGUGGUCGCCCACGGCGCGGUCCCCCGCCUCGCCCGCGAUGGCACGGUCGCCUCUGGCGAGGGCCCCGUCGCCAGCGGCCCCGCCGCUGUCGCCGAGGGCGCAGUCGCCCACGGAGGACGAGUUUCGCCAUCGCCGCCAGUACCGUCGGUCCGUAGGCGGGGCCACCGUGGUCCUCGAGAAGCCGCGCCCCGCGCCGAAGAAGGAUGGGCAGGACGGCCGCUUCCAGCUCGCCCAGUGGCAGCAGCACCGCCCCUGGCGGGAGGGCCCAAGUCCCACGGACGCAGAGAAGAGCUCGUACGACAGGGAGCUGCUCGCGGUGGUGAGCCCGCGGCGCCACAUGGCAAAGGAGGACGCCGCCGCGGCGGGCCCAGCCCGCGUGGCGUUCACCGACCGGAGCAUGAGGCUGCUGCACCAGGA